AUGUUUAAUCGCAGUGCAAAUUUGUAAUAUCCGAUGCUCAGUUAAUCGGCCAAAGAGUCUAUGAAGAAAUCUCUGAAUUUCCGUUCGAGCACGGUUUCCGCGCUCUAGUCUCACCCGCCGGUGAUUCUCUCGCUCCUCACCCGCAUUCUUACUCACAGGGGGAAAAGAUUGAGCUCAGAAUUUGGUGGGAGUGAAAUUUUGGGACGGAACAAUGUCAGCGCCGGACAUUGCAGGAAUACUGGAAAAGUCGAAAGAGCUCGAUCAAUUAAGGAAAGAGCAAGAAGAUGUGCUCAUCGAGAUAAACAAGAUGCAUAAGAAGCUCCAAACUACUCCUGAAGUGGUUGAGAAGCCUGGGGAUAAUUCAUUGUCAAAGCUGAAGAAUUUAUAUGUGCAUGCCAAAGAUCUUUCUGAAAGUGAAGUAACUGUAUCCAAUUUGUUGUUGAGUCAACUCGAUGCUCUAUUGCCUUCUGGACCUCCAGGGCAGCCGCGAAGAAGGAUGGAAGGUAAUGAGCAGAAAAGGAAGAGAAUGAAGACUGAUUCAGACAUUUCAAGGAUUUCCCCUUCUGUGCGAAGUGAACUCGAGGCUUGUGCUAGUCUGAAAGGGGAACAGGUAGCAGCUAGGGUUACAGUCACUCAAGAAGAUGCUGACAAGGAUGAGUGGUUUGUUGUAAAAGUGAUACAUUUUGACAAGGAUACAAGAGAAUUUGAAGUACUAGAUGAGGAGCCGGGUGAUGAUGAAGAGGGUGGUGUCCAAAGAAAGUACAAGUUACCUAUGAGCGCUAUUAUCCCUUUCCCGAAGAGAAACGAUCCUUCCAGUGCUAAAGAUUUCCCUACUGGAAGACCCGUUUUGGCUGUAUAUCCAGGAACAACUGCACUAUACAAGGCAACUGUGGUGAAUGGCCAUCGCAAGAGGAAGACAGAUGAUUAUUUGUUGGAAUUUGACUGACGACGAGGAAGACGGAUCCUUGCCUCAGAGAACAGUGCCCUUCCAUAGGGUGGUUGCCCUGCCGGAAGGCCAUCGCCAGUGAUUCUUUGUUGCUGUUUAUAGGUUGUGUAUAAAUUAAAGUUAAUUGCCCUCUAGAUCGUAUGGUGCAAUUUUCUACUUUUCUUGUCCCACAGUAAAAACACACUUUUCAAAAACUCGGGGAUUGGGAAUGUUACUAUUAUGUGGCUUUAUAUUAUAUGUAAAGUGACUCGUUUAGUUUUAAGGAACGUGCGUUUCACACCA